AUGCCCGGGAGGGCGGGGAACGCGGAAGAGGCAGAGACCGGCGCGGAGGAGGUGGACGCGGAGGAGGUGGACGCGGAGGAGGUGGACGCGGAGGAGGCGGUCGCGGAGCAGUGUGCUUCGGCAUAGUCCCACACGGAGGAGCCCGGCUCCCAGCAGGAGAUGGAGGCUGGGCGGCCGCGGCCGAUGCUGCGCUCAGUGAACACUCGCGAGCCGUCCCAGGUCAUCUUCUGCAACCGCAGCCCGCGCGUGGUGCUGCCCAUGUGGCUCAACUUCGACGGCGAGCCGCAGCCGUACCCGACGCUCCCCCCAGGCACGGGCCGCCGCAUCCAUAGCUACCGAGGUGAUCUUUGGCUGUUCCGAGAUGCUGGGACAUCUGAUGGGCUCCUAGUUAACCAGACUGAGCUGUUUGUGCCGUCUCUCAAUGUUGAUGGACAGCCUAUUUUUGCAAACAUCACACUACCAGUGUACACCCUGAAAGAGCGGUGCCUCCAGGUUGUGCGAAGCCUAGUCAAGCCUGAGGAUUACAGGAGACUGGACAUCGCGAGAUCCCUCUACGAAGAUUUGGAAGACCACCCAAAUGUGUGGAAGGACCUGGAGCGGUUGACCCAGGAGCAUAUUGAAAAUCAGCGGAUGGCAGAGGAGACUGAAGAUUUUAAUUGA